UGGUUUGUGAUCAAAACAUAAAAAAGGGAAAAGUUUGUUGCUAUAAUUUCGCUAAAAAGUAAUACCCUCCAUAAAAGUAACAUAGCAACUGUUAGUUUUUUUUAAAUUAUUUUUUAGUAAACAUGAGACGUCGAGCUGGAGUCGGUGCGAUACAGAAGCAGAGGCUUGAGCAAGAGAAAUACAGGGAGAAGGGAUCAGAGAUCCAGGAGAACCAAUUCCAGCAGAUGUCCAAACAGCUGGAGGUUUUCAGGGAGAACCUGGAGGAGUUUGCGUCUAAGCACAAGAGUGAGAUAAAGAAGAACGCACAAUUUCGGCGGCAGUUUCAAGAAAUGUGCGCCGCAAUUGGCGUUGAUCCUCUUGCUUCAGGGAAAGGGUUUUGGUCGGUUUUAGGCAUUGGUGACUUUUACUAUGAACUGGGUGUGCAAAUAGUAGAGGUGUGUUUAGCAACAAAUUAUAAAAAUGGUGGACUUAUUACCCUGGAGGAGUUACGGAGCAGGCUUAUAGCAGCUAGGGGUAAGGCUAAGAAACACCAGGAUAUAACCAAUGAAGACCUUUUGGCUGCAGUGAAGAAACUUAGGAUUUUUGGAAAUGGGUUUACUGUAGUUCCAAUAGGUAAAGGAAAGUGGCUUGUCCAGUCAGUGCCGGGAGAGUUAAAUUUGGAUCAAACACUAGUAUUGCAGAAGGCUAGUACAUUAGGCACAGCUUGGGUAUCUACAAGCAUUCUAACUCAGGAUUUGAGUUGGAAUGAUACUAGGGCAGAAAAUGCUCUAAAUCAUAUGGUGAAGGAAGGACUCGCUUGGGUGGAUACUCAGGAUCCUAAAGAAACCCUGUAUUGGUUCCCAAGUAUGUUUGCAGAGUGUGUUUCUGCAUCAGAAGAUGCUGUUUCAACAAAGUAACACUUCUUGUUCUAUAAUAUCCUUUUUACAUGGGAAAAUUAUUUUUGGCACAUACGUGUACAGUAUGUUAGUUUACAUGGCAUUAAUUACAAUUAUAAUAAUUGUAUUGUGUUAAUGCACCAAAACAGAUUCUUUCUGAUCAGAUAUUAAGAGUGUGAGGAAUGAGACCUAUAGUGUGACAGUUUGGAAGUUUUUCCUGAUCUUUUCCUGUGAUUUUAUAAAGGUUUCUGUCUGGUCUGUUGAAGUUACAUAUUUUACUGUGUCUAUUUCAAUUGUUAAUUUUUGAAAUAUACACAUAAUAAUACUAUUAAAUUUGAAUCUUAAUUAUUUAUUUUUAUUCCUUAUGAUUAUCAUUGAAAUGAAAUGAUUUGAGAUGAAAUGAAAAUUUAUUUGUUCACAUAUAAAAAUAGAUGAUAAGGCGGAGAACUUCUAUUAAGUUUAAAACCUGUGCCAGAAGAUCUCUUCUGAUCACUCUUCCAUUAUAAGACACAUUUUUAUUUCAAUUUAUUUGUAAAAUACAUUCAUCAUUCAUUCAUCAUUAGUCAUAAACUAAAAAGUUGACAAUGUUUUAUAAUUUAUCUUUCUUUUGUUAUUGAGAAAAAAGCACAUUAUGGAAAGUAACUCUUCCAGUGUUCGGUAAGAACAGCUAUAAAAUAAUUUUCUUAUGUUAAGAUGUUAUUAUUUGUAAAUACAAGUAGGUGUGAGGCUGGGUUAAUAUAAUGUAUAAAGUAUAGAUAGUGAAAAAACAUAAUUGUUAAUAAUAUAUUUUAAUCUGUAAAUAAAUUGAAUCACUCGCUUAC